CUUAACCCUGUCGCUUCGUGUUUGUUCCUUCAAGACCUUCAAUUUCAGCAGCUUCCCUCCGAGCUGCCAGCAGCCAAGCUUUCCCUAAGCGGCGACUGAAACGUGAACGAACGACCGACCUAAGCUUCCAGAAGACAGCAGCUGCAGCGCCUUGCGACAGGCAGGCCAGUCUUACGUUUCUCCCUUUUCUUUUUAUAAGUAUGGGUGCAAAAGAAGAGAAUGGUGAUGGUGAGAUGGACCAAACGGUUAAGAAGUAUCUUCGAGGAGAAGCUGCUAAUUUGGAGGGAUUACAAGACAAAAAACUAAAGGGUCAACUUGCUAUAAGAGAAGAGUUGUAUGGAAAAUCUGCGAAAGCUGCUGCCAAGAUUGAGAAAUGGCUUUUACCAAGUGAAGGUGGCUAUUUGGAGGCAGAAGGUAUAGAGAAGACAUGGAGGAUCAAGCAAGAAUCCAUUGCUCGUGAGGUUGAUAUCUUAAGCUUAAGGAACCAGUAUGAUAUUAUUUUACCAGAACUUGGUCCAUACACUCUAGAUUUCACCCCAAAUGGUCGGUAUAUGGCAGCUGCUGGACGUAAGGGCCAUCUGGCUGUUGUUGAUAUGAAGACUUUAAGCCUAAUAAAAGAGAUUCAGGUUAGAGAAACAGUUCGUGAUGUAGUGUAUUUGCAUAAUGAACUCUUUUUUGCUGCUGCUCAGAAAAAGUACCCUUAUAUUUAUAACCGUGAUGGAACUGAACUCCAUUGUUUAAAGGAACAUGGUGCGGUAUCAAGACUCCAGUUUCUGAAAAACCACUUCCUCUUGGCAUCAAUAAACAAAUUAGGGCAGCUUCAUUAUCAGGAUGUUACAAUGGGUGAGAUGGUAGGUAAUUACCGGACUGGUUCAGGCCGCACUGAUGCUAUGCAGGUCAAUCCAUUCAAUGGGGUUGUUGCACUAGGUCAUUCAAGUGGUACAGUAACAAUGUGGAAGCCCACCAGUGCUGCUCCACUUGUAAAGAUGCUGUGUCAUCCAGGACCUGUCUCGUCAUUGGCAUUCCAUCCCAAUGGGCACCUCAUGGCUACAUCUGGGAAAGAAAAAAAAAUCAAGAUUUGGGACCUGAGAAAGUUUGAGGUUAUCCAAACAUUGUCAGGCCAUGCAAAAACCUUGAAUUUCAGUCAGAAAGGCUUGCUUGCUGCUGGAACUGGCUCAUUUGUACAAAUAUUAGGGGAUUUUUCUGGAUCUCAGAAUUAUAGCAGAUAUAUGUCUCAUUCUAUUUCGAAAGGUUAUCAGGUAGGAAAAGUUCUGUUUCGGCCAUAUGAAGAUGUUCUGGGUAUAGGACACUCCAUGGGUUGGUCUAGUAUUCUUAUUCCUGGAUCAGGGGAACCAAACUUUGAUUCCUGGGUGGCAAACCCAUUUGAAACAUCUAAACAGAGGAGAGAGAAAGAAGUGCACUCCCUGCUUGACAAGCUGCCCCCUGAAACAAUUAUGUUGGACCCAACAAAGGUGGGUACAGUGAGACCAGCGAGAAAGAAAGAGAAGAAGCCAACAAAGGAGGAGAGAGAAGCUGAAAUGGAAGCUGCCGUUGAAGCUGCCAAGGAUACUGACAUUAAAAAGAAAACAAAGGGAAGGAAUAAGCCGAGUAAAAGAGCACAGAGGAGAAAGGAGAUUAUAGAUAGAGCCAAGAGGCCAUUUUUGGAGCACCGGGUGGAGGAACAAGAAACGUUUAGAAAGAAGCACAAAACUAAUAUGGAAACAGAAAUGCCGAAAAGUUUGCAGCGGUUUGUUCGACAGAAAGCAACUUAAUUAUGUUAAAUCUGUUUGCCCUAAGCUUUCUGAAAGAUAAAAGUGUUGUCAUUUUUCUUCUCUUCUUUCCAACAAUUUUGUGCUCAUCUGAUUAUAAAAUUAUUGAAAUCAGCGAGAGAGCUGAAAAGUUAUGCUUUCUGUUCUACACAUGAGAAAUGGAAGUUGAUUAUGCUAUUUUUGGUUCAA